AUGCCUCUCAAUAACGCGAAUAUGCUGCAAUUCGUGCAGAAUCGAGAAUCUACUGGCUAUCGCGUCACCCCGGGGCAACGCUUCCUGACGCCCCAGCCGACGACCCUACUCGAACGAUUGCCACCUCGUCAAAGUCAAGGCCAAGGCCAAGGCGAAUUCAAACAUGAUCGUCGAGAGAGUAGCCAUGACGGCAGCACGCACGAAGAAAUACUGCCCCGCGAUGCUUCUAGAUUAGAAUUGCCCGUCCCAAUCGCGAUCAAUAGACCAAAAUCAGAUCCUGCCGAGUCCGCAAACCAGAAUGUUGCCGAUGUCGCUGUGACUGUUCCUCCAAAAAGUUCUCGUACAGCGUCCGGGAUGCAAGCACCUCUCUAUCAUGCUGUGUCUGCCUUUGACGAGACACAAAGUAUCCAUUUCGAUGACUCAAUCAGCAUUGCAGAAGAUCAACUAACUCAAAUGAAAGUCGGCCUCGGGAUCGAAUGUGGCCGUCGCUCUACAGAUCUGCCGAAUGAAUCUCCAGAACAUCAAGUCCCAAAUUCACAUGAGGGAGGCCCUGUUUCAAAGGGAAACAGUUCCCGACCGGCAAAAGUCCAUCUAUACAACGGGCAAGUUGAAGCGGACCAGGAAAGAUGUCGACAAGGUCAACUUCCAAGGUAUGGCACACGUUUCGACCGCAACAGUGAUCGGCCAGUUUACAAUGACGAGGGGUCCGAUGAGGGUUAUGAGCAAGAUGGCGAAUAUGUUGCAGACGAAAUGCCAGUAUGGGAGAAUACACCGUCUCGCACCCGAUUGGCCCCAGACGUCGACCUUGCGAAAGAUGCCUCGAAGAGAAAAACCGUCUCCAACGAGACUGAAGAGCCAGCUAGCCCUCUUUUGGAAGAAAGGGCUUCAAAUAUCACUCAGGAGAUGCCAAUCCUUCACCCGAUAAAUCGCUUCAGGAUCCAGAAACAAGUUGAGAAUAACAGCUUCAAUGAUGCAACCAAGCUCAUCCAACCGUCGAACCAGACUCAUCAGUCACGUCCUUCAUCCAGCCAACCAGCAAAACAUUCCUCCAAAGUAUCCUCCUGCCAGGAAUCCUCUUCCGAAGAAGACCAACCCCGGCCGGCCGACGCCUCAAACACUCCACGUACUUCCUCCAAAACUCCCUACCAAGAACCCGAUCUAGAUUUCGGCCCCGAAGACCUCAAGACCAAAACCAUAGCAGAUCUCGACGCCAUCCCGUUCACUACUGACCCAUCAGUGCCGGCGCAUGAACCGGCCCUUGAUGUAAACGGCAUACCCAUGACCCUCUCUGCGAAGCUUACCAACCUCUCUAAAAUGCGUCACGAGGAUCAAUGCCGGUUCUUCCGGUCCCUAACGGACAGUGAACGUGAAGAGACCUCGGCAUGGUUCCUGGAGAACCUUCGGUCCAACGUGGAGAAGCUAACAGCGGCACGACUGGAGAGAAGAAAGAUCGCACUCAAUUACGAGAUGGAAGUCAAGAAGCAUGAAAAUUUGGUCAAGAUGAAGAAGGGACAUGUCGAUGACGAAUUGGCAGGGCUGAAGAAAGGUGGUGGAGAGCUGAUUGCCGGCAGGACCGCAGGGAAGUAA